AUGUUACUGCUGGUGCCUAUGCAGCCGUUGGCCUUCAAGUACGCGCACGUGGCCCACACAGCCAUCAGCUACAGUCCAGUAAUCUGGAUCGUAAACAUCCAACCCGUUCGAGAGAUUCUGAGCAAUAACUACGGGUGCACGAACAGCACGCUUGAUGGCUUCUGCCUCUUGUACGGGAUCAUCCCUUGGAGGAGCACCGUUAAGGCUUCGCGAACAGUAUUGCCUGCCGCGAGCGCGCACAGGUCUCCGGUGCACUCUCAAAUUUGCAGUGAUGCGUACCUCGGAACACCGCUUGACGACAUCAUGAACUUUCUACCGCUGAGGGAAGCUUUCGGGGAGUUUUGUCGGAAGGCCCUGUGUAGCGAGCUAUCCAGUACAGUAGACUACAAGGCAGCGCUGAAUUGA